AUGGGUACGGAGAGAAAACGGAAGGUGAGCUUGUUCGAUGUCAUGGAAGAUCCAUCGCUCUCGGGGAAGAACACCAAAUCCAACACUCUCGGAGUUGCUGCAGCGGCGGGAGGUGUGAGCAAUCUGAUCAACAAAUGGAACGGAAAACCUUAUUCGCAGAGGUAUUACGAUAUUCUUGAGAAGAGAAGAGAUCUUCCAGUUUGGCUUCAGAAAGAUGAAUUUCUCAAGACUUUAAGCUCUAAUCAGACUCUGAUUCUCGUCGGAGAAACCGGAAGUGGUAAAACUACUCAGAUUCCACAGUUUGUUUUAGAUGCAGUAGUGGAGGCUGAGAAUUCAGAUAAGCGUAAGAAAUGGUUGGUUGGUUGUACACAGCCUCGUAGAGUUGCUGCAAUGUCUGUGUCUCGUCGUGUUGCUGAUGAAAUGGAUGUUACCAUUGGAGAAGAAGUCGGUUACAGUAUCCGUUUCGAGGACUGUAGUGGCCCUCGUACUAUGUUGAAGUAUUUGACUGAUGGUAUGCUGUUGAGAGAGGCGAUGGCGGAUCCGCUUUUAGAGAGAUAUAAAGUUGUUAUUCUCGAUGAAGCUCACGAAAGAACUUUAGCUACGGAUGUGCUGUUUGGUCUUUUGAAAGAGGUUUUGAAGAAUAGACCUGACCUUAAGCUAGUUGUGAUGAGUGCAACGUUGGAAGCUGAAAAGUUUCAGGAAUAUUUUAGCGGUGCUCCUCUUAUGAAAGUCCCUGGUAGGCUUCAUCCAGUUGAGAUCUUCUAUACACAGGAACCCGAGAGGGACUAUCUUGAGGCUGCUAUAAGGACCGUUGUUCAGAUACACAUGUGCGAGCCAUCUGGAGAUAUUCUUGUUUUCUUAACUGGAGAGGAGGAGAUAGAAGACGCCUGCCGUAAAAUCAAUAAAGAGGUCGGUAAUCUUGGAGAUCAAGUGGGGCCUGUCAAAGUUGUGCCUUUGUAUUCUACUCUUCCGCCUGCGAUGCAGCAGAAGAUUUUCGACCCUGCUCCAGAGCCGUUAACAGAAGGUGGUCCUGCUGGUAGAAAGAUUGUUGUCUCAACCAACAUCGCUGAAACAUCUCUAACCAUUGAUGGGAUUGUUUAUGUUAUCGACCCUGGUUUUGCUAAGCAGAAAGUCUACAACCCACGGAUUCGUGUUGAGUCAUUGUUGGUGUCCCCAAUAUCAAAGGCAAGUGCUCACCAGAGGUCAGGUCGUGCUGGUAGAACUCGGCCUGGAAAAUGUUUCAGGCUUUACACAGAGAAGAGUUUCAACAAUGAUCUGCAGCCACAGACAUAUCCCGAGAUAUUGAGAUCAAACCUUGCUAAUACAGUCUUGACAUUGAAAAAGCUGGGUAUAGAUGACUUGGUGCACUUUGAUUUCAUGGACCCCCCUGCUCCUGAGACACUGAUGCGGGCAUUAGAGGUUUUGAAUUAUUUGGGAGCAUUGGAUGAUGAAGGUAACUUGACAAAGACUGGUGAGAUAAUGAGUGAGUUUCCCUUGGAUCCCCAGAUGUCAAAGAUGCUCAUAGUCAGCCCUGAAUUCAACUGUUCAAACGAGAUUCUCUCAGUUUCUGCAAUGUUAUCAGUACCGAAUUGCUUUGUCCGGCCUAGAGAGGCUCAAAAAGCAGCAGAUGAAGCUAAAGCUAAGUUUGGACACAUUGAUGGAGAUCACCUCACACUGCUAAACGUGUACCACGCCUACAAGCAAAACAAUGAAGACCCAAACUGGUGUUUCGAGAACUUUGUCAACAACAGAGCAAUGAAGUCUGCAGACAAUGUUAGACAGCAGCUAGUGCGAAUAAUGUCGAGGUUUAAUCUGAAGAUGUGCAGCACAGAUUUCAACAGCCGUGACUACUAUGUCAACAUAAGAAAGGCCAUGCUUGCUGGUUAUUUCAUGCAGGUUGCUCACCUAGAACGCACUGGCCAUUACUUGACCGUCAAAGAUAACCAAGUGGUUCACUUGCAUCCAUCCAAUUGUCUGGAUCACAAACCGGAGUGGGUGAUUUACAAUGAAUACGUCUUGACUACUCGGAAUUUCAUUCGCACUGUUACAGAUAUUCGUGGUGAAUGGUUAGUAGAUGUUGCUCCGCAUUACUAUGAUCUUUCCAACUUCCCCAACUGCGAGGCAAAACGAGCCCUAGAGAAGCUUUAUAAGAAGAGAGAGAGGGAAAAGGAGGAGAGCAAGAACCGAAGGUGA